CACCACUUAGAUCGUAUUUGGGGUAGGAAUUCCACUUAUCUUUUCCUCUACUCUCAAAUGCCUGAAUCAGAAACACUAAACGAAAAGCAUUGUAUGUGUGCGUUCUAAAUAGGGUAUGUCCCCCUUGUAUUUAAAAUAAAGUAAGUCACGCUAAGGACCUACAGUACUGUAUAAUGUGUAGUUAUUGCCCUAUAAUACGUAAUUGCCUCUGCCCCAUCCAAAAUGGAAAGUUGGAACCAAUGAUAAUAUAAAAUAUUUGCAUCCGUGACUUGCUAAGUCUUUUUUCUUUUUUUGACAGAAAGACUUGCUAGUCAAUGCCAUAUUGCCAUUGAAUUGCAUGAUAAUUGUAUCGUAGGUAGAUACAUUGAAUAGGCAACAUAUAGUGCCUUCCAAGUCUCGACAAUUAAGUACAGUACCCUAAAGACUAAGGCAACUUGGACGUACUUGGGUUAGUGCUUAACUAAGGCUCCACACUUCCACUAGCUAUUUUUUUCAGCUUGGACUUGUUCAAGGCUGUCAAGCUAAGAGCUAACACUAAAAGUUGCCGUUUAAGAUUGGCAAAUCACGUAGACGUGACACCAUCCCAAUCCCCCUUCACCCUUCCCCCUAAUGUCUGUAAUGAAUUAUUUAUCUCGGAUUGUAAUGGGUUCUUUAAACCCUAACUGACUUUAAUUAUGAUAUGUCAUGGUUGCCAUUUUAACCAAAAAAAAAAAAAAAAAGAUUGGCAAAUCACUUGCCAACCCAUACAUUGACUCGGAAAGUACUAAGCAACUUUUUUGUAGUAAUCGACCUAUAUAACUUAGGGGCAUAUACUUGUGCGUUGAACAUACAUACAUCCUGAUCCAUAUAUUAUUACUAUACACUUUUACUUAGUCAUGGCUAACCUUGGCAACCCUCCCAUGCAUGUCACCACCUCGUUGUUCGUCGUGGCAAUCUUAUUGCUUAGCUGCCUACACCUAACAGAAGCACAAGUUGGAGUGGCCUAUGGAAAGGAUGGAACCAACUUACCAUCUCCACAUGAUGUAGUGAACCUCUACAAAUCCAAUGGCAUAGGUUCAAUGAGACUAUACUAUCCUGAUCAAGCCACACUUCAGGCCUUACAAGGAUCAGGCAUUAGACUUGUUGGACUUACCUUAGGCGUCCCCAACGACGACAUUCAAUCGGUAGCUACCAAUCCAUCAUUUGCGGACCAAUGGGUUAAAAACAAUGUAGUUCCUUUUGAAUCAUCAAUUAAGUACAUUGUGGUAGGAAAUGAAAUUGAUCCAUCUAGUUCACAAGCUUCAUCAGUUCUACCAGCCAUGCAAAAUAUUCUCAAUGCACUUAAUUCUAACAAUUUAGGUGAUCAAAUUAAGGUUUCUACAUCCGUUGGUACAAGCCUAGUCGAAAACGCCUUCCCACCAUCUAAUGGACAAUUUGGUAACGUUCAAUAUAUUACACCAAUAAUCAACUUUAUAAAACAAAAUGGUUCACCUUUCAUGGUUAAUAUAUACCCUUACUUUGCUUACCAACGUAAUUCAAAACAAAUUUCUCUUGAUUACGCCUUAUUUACUUCUCCUGGAACUGUUGUUACGGACGCUAAUAAUGGCAAAAAUUACCAAAAUUUAUUUGAUGCACUUGCCGAUGCAACAUAUGCGGCUUUAGAUAAGGUUGGUGCGCCCGACGUUUCAUUGCUUACGUCCGAGACCGGGUGGGCGUCAGGCGGUGGUUUCGGGGCUAAUCACGAUAAUGCAAAGAAGUAUAUCACCAAUUUGAUCAACCAUGUGAAGAAUGGGACUCCAUUGAAACCAGGGAGAGCAAUUGAGACUUUCUUGUUUGCCAUGUUUGAUGAAGAUAAGAAACCAGGGAAUGAAGAUGAGCAUAAUUUUGGGAUUUUUACUCCUGAUCAGCAGCCUAAGUAUGGUUCAUUAAACUUUAACUGAUUAGGCUUACAAUUAGCUAGCCAAAAGUAUGGAAUUUCUAGAUAUUGUUUGCAAUAUGCAAAUCGUAACUUUUCAUAUCAAACGUGUAUUUGUACUUUGUACUACCUAAUUAAUAAGAGAAUGCGCAUUUUGUUAACUUAUUGAGAAUGAAGUAUGCUUGGAAUUUAGAAAUGAAGGAUUAGUAUGUGUA